AUGAGGGACCAAGUUCAGAGUUGCGGUUGCCUAAAGCACCCCUCGGGCAAGUGCGCUUUGGAAUCCUGCGACCUGUGUGUUUUCGGGACUCCCUGCCCACCGUUCUCACAGUUUCGUGGGAAACGAUAUCGGGGCAGUUCCGUCGCAGAGCAUAGCCAAGUUCAUACAACCAUGGAGGAUGCUCGGGACAUGUUGGUCGUGGGUCAGCACAAAGCAGUGAUCAUGGAACAAGUUCCAGGGUUUGACAUGCCCGACCAUGCUGGAGCUUCGACUGAAUCGACCUUCAUGCGCAGGUUCCUUCAGUCGGUGCAGCAGCAAACACGUGAGCUGAAGAAGCCCGGCUAUCACGUCUUGAUCUUGAAGGCCUCGUAUCAGGAAUGGGUGAAGGUUAUGCGGGACAGGACUGCCCGUGCACUUGAAAUUCGUGUUAAUCUGGCAUCAUGCUUUAAGCAGCUCUUCACCUCGCAGCGGCGUGUUUCGAGUGUUGCUGCUGAGGCCGACUUUGGAAGCGAUGUUACAAGACAGACGCUAACACGGUGUUUGUUGUGGGGGGCCAGCUUCCUUGUGCAUUUCGCUGGUUACAUGAUGGGCUUGCUUUUGUCUACUUUGACACUGUUGUGUUCGGCUGUGAGCCCGGAGUACAGAGCUGUUCUCGUGACAGUCCGGAGGUUGUACGACGAGACGCCGAGCAAAGUAGCAGCUUCUUGGAUGUCGCAUUCCGAGCAAGGUCGCGCAAGGGCUAGAGAAGACGGUGGAGCAGCGAAAGUACUACAGACCCAAAUGGAUAUCACUGUUUUGAUGCAGCAUCUACCUUCCGGUAAGUUUUUCUCUUUGGCUGUUCCCUGUCAGUCAUGGCUUCAGGCCAUAGACAGGACAACUGCAGAGACAACCGUGGCAGCUCAGACUUCACUUUUGCAGAUGAUUCCCGGCUUGAAUGAGCUUACUGAAAAAUCCAAAUUCCGUAUUGAUUUGACCUGCACGGACAGAUUUGCUGCCAAUGUCAAAGCUGAGAGACAUAUGAGCUCUGCCAUCAAUGGAGUGGUAUCUCAUCAGCUGUGCGACAUUCACCGUCUGGCGGGCUGUCAAAGCCGAGUCCUGGGUAUGGUGGAUAGCCAUAUAACGGGAAUGAUAGCGACCGCGCUGGCAUGCGCCGACGCUGGCAACACAAGGUCACUCCGGGCCGCCAUGGUCAAAGUUCUACGGGACAAGGUUCGUGUGUGCUAUGGUGCUCCACGAGAGAAUCCAGAUCAUGUUGCCUAUAGACAAGCCGUUCUCGACGCCUUUCUUCCAUUGGGCAAAAGCAAACAAGACAUCGGAGAUGAAGACGAUCCGGAUGCAUUGACCAAGAAGGAGUUGACGCUGAAAGCCCGCAAACAGCGGGCCAUCAUCUCCUAUUUCUUGCACGAUGACCUCCAGAACACUGAGGACAUUUGCUUCUUCAGCGAACGAUGGGGGCUGGACGUGGACCAGGUGGUCCGUGUUAUGGAGAGAUUUUUAGUUCCGGCCCUCCUGCCAAGGCGCCCGCCGUUGUUUGCCAGAAACAGGUGGACUGGCUUCUCUGAGGCAGUAUGCUGGUUCGGGCUUGCAGAAUGUUGCCACUCCUUGCUGUCAGCUACGAUCCGGGAGUACCUGUCGCCCAAGGUGCAAGCAGCAAAUCAGCAGUUGCAACACGUGGCUCUGGCAGCGCACAGAUUGCAAGACAAUGUCACCAGACCAGAUGAGGAUCGCGAUGAGGAUGAUGAAGAGACUGCGGAAAUGCGACGAGAAACAGAUGCUUUGACGAGUAACUUGGAUUGGGCAGCUUUGAAACUGCGAAUGAAGCAAAAAGCACUGACAUGGUUCCAACAAGAUAUCUUGCCAGCUUUGGUGGCCAUCAGCAUUGCAGUGGGGCCUUUGCAUCGUUUUUUCUGUCGCACCUUGGACAAAGGAAGCGUGUCCUGGGAGAAAGUUCAACAAGCCAAGGCCGCGAAUGACUGUCCAAGAACCUUUGCCGUUCAAGAGGCUGCUCGUGGUACAGACUUACAUCUUUAUCGUGCAGAUAUGAAUCAGGCCUUCCAUGAGCGUGUGGUCCCACUGCCCUCUGAGUCUUGUCUCCAGCAUGUCCAAGCUCUGCAUUUCCGAAUGCUGAGCAGAAGCUUGUGCUCUGUUGAAGUUCAUCUCAGAAGCUGGAGCACAUAUCCCAUCAAGUUGUUUCUUGCGCUCGAUGGUCGAAAUGAUGCAAUGGUAGACUCGCCCUGCCUGUUUUGCCCCAUGACAAAGGCUCUGCUUGCAGAGUAUGAUGAUCUUGACAACCCCGAAGCCCGUGCUAUCCUGCUCACAUUGGCGUCGAAGUACCGCCUACACAUCGCUGGUGUAGAAGCGAGACACGCGGCGACCCGACGGCUCACCACUAUUCGUGGAGUUCAGACAAAGGUUCCUGAGCUGUCCCUGGUCAAUGCCGAUUUCGUUUUGAGGUCCAACUUCCUGAAACGUGCUGAUGUGGUUCCUGUCGAGACGUCAGUCAAGCACGAGAAGAAGACCGUGGAGAGCUCCUCUAAGGUUCGUCAAGCCCGCAGAAGCCAAGCGUGGAAUGCUUACCAGAGUGCCAACAUCGGCGGCCCUAGGUCCGGGCGACGUUGGGCGGGAGAGCGCAUACAGCAGGCUCGGGACGAAUACCAUGCUUUGACUGAGCAAGAGAAACAACACUAUGUGGACAUGGCUGAAGUGGCUCAGGCUGCUCGAAGCCGAGGCCUGCCAGCAUAUCCCAGGACAACGGAGAGCCAAGAUGGGUUGGUUCAGUUUGCCGCAACAUCUCCUAAUGCUCUGCAGUUGGUCGAUCUUGGCCAUGUUGCUGAGGCAUGGCUGCUUCAGGACAUGGAAGAGAAGCUGUCAGUAGUUCGACUGGAAGACAAGGAAGAUGCCAGGCUGGCGCAAGACUGGCUUCAGACUUUCGAGGAAAGUCGCAGCAGCUACAAGCAAGAUGACGAAGUGCUGCAGCAAUGUCUAGUUGGAUGUGAAUCCUUCAGAAGUCAUUGUGUACCAGCUCUUACAGGAAUCCUCUCUGGCCAUCUUCACAUCCCUGCUGAAACUCUUGGCCAGGACUUCCUUGCUGGCAGUGGCAGAAGCAAAGAUCGUGCGAAGUUGCUCGAGAGCUGGCGUGAUCUGAACGACAUUGUUUUUCACGACGAACAACCUCCAUUGGAUGGAGAGCUGCAGGAGCCACUGUCCAGGUGCAACCAGCUUGGUCUUUGUGUGUGCGAGGGCAAAGGCCUUCGAGCAUGGCUUUUCCAUGCUCGACUGACUUUGUUUUUAAAAGCGGAGUUCACUCCCAAACGGCAGAAGAAGCAGCAAAACAUUCACGGCAUCAUGGAGCUGGCUGCAUCGGAGAAGCCAAAGCAAGCCAGGCUGCAACAGAACAGGAAGUUGCUCAAUGAUGCCUUUAUUGUUCUGAGACUUCAAGUGAAGCCUGAAGAGGAUUUCGCAUUUCCAGCUUCCAGCCACCCCAGACCUUUGCACAACUCCUGGCUGACGUUGGCGACUCAGCAGAACGAUCCCGGCAAAGGUUGUUUGUGGCUGCACCUGGGCCAUGUGAACCUGUCGACCUGGAUGCUGGGUGUGUUGCUGUUGGAUCCCUCAGGGCCUCCUGACGAAAACGGUCGUCAGCGUUUGCAAGUUCCGGAUCCCGCACGAGCUUUUCUUUCCAUUGAGGCUUUUCUGAAAUCUGUUGAGUCUUUCGAUCCCCAGUAUCAAUGCACUGUCUUCACUAUCUUGAGCACGGGCGAGCGCUUGGUGGAAGAGGAUAUGGUUCCAGACUAUGUUUUCGUCCGACGGCUUGAGCAAGUUCCUGAGUUUACAUUUUGGCAGGGUUUGGUGGACGAGCAGCGGAGACAUGAAGAGAGCUUGAAGCGAGUUGGACAGAAAAAACGAUCAUCCUCUGGGAAAGCUUCCGCUGCCAAACGAACACGCACCGCCCAGGGCGCCAAGGAGAAGGAUGGUGGACAGCCAGAUGCAACACUCCCGGAGGCAUCGGUUGAUGACGAUGCAGAAGAGUUUCUCCUCGUGGACAACCCGAAUGAUCCGAAUGGCGAGGACGAUGAUGAUGGUGAUCGGGGCUCCGAGAGUUCCGAAAUCCUCGAAGAACUCAUGCGCCUGGCAGAGCAGGACGAAGACCAGAACCCCGAAGAAGCUUCGAAGUCGAAGCCUUCUGCAGCGGCGGAAGGCAAAGAGGUCGCUUCCGGAAGCAAAGAUGGCCCUGCUGGCAAAACUCGUAGAGAAGGGCAAGCUACAGACAAGGUUUCUUUCCUUUUGUAUGGCGAUAUCCGUUUCAAUCAUGAGGAAAACCACCUCAUGGCGGUCUGUGCUGUGCAUGAGGAUUGCCGUAAAGCCCGGACAUGCAAUGCUGCGACGGCUGCCCAUCUUGUCGCUCGAAACCCUUUUCAAGGGCGACCUCUGGGACUGCUUUCGGCCUGGUUAAAGCUGGGCAGCAAAUUCAAGACUGCGGCAGAACAUAAAGCUGCCAGCACCAUGAAAUCCAUAAGCUUCCAGGACAGGCAGCAAGCUCGUUCGGAAUUCCUGAGCAAGCCUGGCUUCAGUGGCUUCAAUGAGAUGGACAGCAAACCGAUCUACCUGGUCUUCCUGCGGAAGGAUGUCUAUUCACUGGAGGAUGCCCGCUUCAUGCAGAGCCUGUACAAGGAGCUUCUGGAGAAGCAGCGACGUGUGGGGCCGAAAGAGAUCGAUCAGGUGCUGCGUGUGGAUGAGGAUGCGGCAGUUGGUUCCACAUUGCAUGACCGGGCACUUGCGACGAGCCGGGGCACUGUGUGGCAAAGAGAUUCUGCGACUAUCAAGAAGCAGCUUGGGGUCUCUCCUACUUUCAAACCGUGGACCAGCAGGAGAGGCUUUCUUGGGGGUGGCUUGGGCAACAAUGCCAGAAUGCUGGAAGCGCUGGAUUGCUUUGUGGCUUCGGAGUUAAAGCGUGUGCAGCCAAAUGCGGAUUGUGAGCCAGUACACGUGCAGAGCAUGAUGGAAGGUAAGUUCAUGGAUGUGAGCCAGUCAGUCAAGCGGAACAAGCAUAGUACACCGACUGGGUUUGUGCACACCCUGACCACGAGUACUCUUCUGUACUCUUUCUCCUUGGACCGGGUGCUGUCCGGUCGUGAGAUGCUUAGCCUUCAUUGCCAGCCGAGAGAUCUGGUCAUUCCUGAAGAAGUCCGAGACAGCCAGGUCCGUGACUUGGCCGGAGAAGGGAUGGCUUUGCCAUGCCUUGCCAGUGUGGUGUGGUGCUUGUAUUUGACGAAGCAGUUUCCCGCGUGA